AUGAUCACUACAUCUACAUCAUUAGCAUUAAAUACACCGUUCAAUACCUUAGAAUUUCAAAGACGAGCUGGUGCAUCAUCAGCACCACCUAUUGCUCCUACAAGCACUUCAUCAGAAGAAGAACAAGAAACCCCAAGCACAACGGCAGAAACUGAUUCAGAUGCCACUACUGAAGACCCCACUCCAACCAAUAAUGAUGAUACUGAUACUAAUACUUCUCCCACCACACCCGCUAAAACCACUCCAAAAGAUAAUUCUGAUUCCACCGAAACAAAUAAACCUACAAAUAAAGAUGAUAAUUCCACUACUGAAAAUGAGGGUACUACCAAAGCAACUCAAACAAAUAAAUCACAUGCUACCCCAACUACCAGUGAAGAUGAUAAUAAUGAUAAAAAUACAAGUAAAGGAAUUACAUCUAAGAUUGUCACAUCCGUUACCAAAAAAAUAACUACUACUGAUGCUUCGGGUAAAACUACGACAAUUGAUACAGUUGAACCUGUCACUACCGUAGUAGUAGUAGCUCCUCCCACAAAUAGACCUAGUAAUACAACUUUUGAAGAAAGCACUGCUUCUACGGUCAGAACCCAAGGAAUAUUUGCUUUGGAAUUUUUCUAA